CAAAUAGCAGCUUCAGCCCCCAUAUGGCAUCCGCAGUCUGGGGGGGCACCCCCUGGUGGGGUCCGCCACCCCCAGCCCCUGCCCGUCCCCUCACGGACCUCGACUUCUGCUCCGGAGCGCAGCUGCAGGAGCUGACUCAACUGAUCCAAGAGCUCGGGGUUCAGGAGAGCUGGCACGGUGGACCAAAGCCCGGGGCCGACCUCCUCCGGGCUAAGGACUUUGUCUUCUCUCUGCUCAGUCUCAUCCACCGACGGGACCCCCGGGUUCCUGAGCAAACCGAGCUUCUGCUCCUCCGCGGCGGAGUCCGCGAGGGCUCUCUCGAUCUGGGGCCUGGACCCCUAGGGCCCUACGUGCGGGGGCCCCACUACGACGCCGGCUUCACGCUCCUGGUACCCUUGCUCUGGCUGGACUGCGAGGGGGUAAAGCCCGACCUCGAGCUGGAACCUGGCAGCGCGUGGCUCCGCCUCCAAGCGCGCGGGGGCGGGGCCUCGGCCCUGGAGGCUUGGUGCGACUGCCUAGGGCCCUCCGCCCCGGCAGAGCUAGGCGGGGAGGGGGCGGUAAAAGAGGCAUGUCCAUUGGAGAAGCCUCCGUGUGACGUCACGGGGCCCCAGACUGCGGCGACGGCCGGGCCAGUGCGAGAAGACUCCCACCCCCAGUCGCCAGCGGCCGCGGAAGAGCCCGGCGGCGACUCGGCGGAUCCGGCAGAGCUCCGCUCAUGGAAGGAACCGCACAGUGACGUCACAGAGCAACUCCCUGGACAGCCAGUCCCAGAGCCUGAGGGGCGGGGCCCUCAGGAAAACUGGCCCUCUUUGUGCCCCACCCAAGUGGCCGCCUGGUUUUUUUCCGCCCUGUCUGCCGUAGCUGUCUCCUUGACCCCGGACCCCGGUGCUGUACGCCUGGUCCAUGCCGCCCUCCAUGCCGGCGUCACUACCAUCCUUCUGUCCACUCCAGGCCCUCCCCCCCGGCUGCUGCUCUUUGACUUGGUGCCAGGGGUCUCCGUGGCCGGCUGGCCCGCGAGAACCCGGACCCACGCGUGGAUGGGUCCCGUCGCCGCUGGGCCUACCGCCUGCUACCUCGUGCCGGGCUACCGAGCCAAAAAGGAGAAUGGGCUCUGCUGGCGGAUUUGCUUUGCCCGCCAGGAGCUGGCGCUCAAGGCCCGCAUCCCCCAGCCGCUACUCCAGGCACACGCCGCCGCCCAGGCCUUACUACGCCCCCUGGUGGCCGGGGCCGGCUGCGCGGCUCCCUACCUCUUGCGCACCCUGCUCUACUGGGCCUGCGAGCGCCUCCCCGCCCUCUAUUUGGGGCGGCCCGAGAACGCCGGGGCUUGUUGCCUCGGGCUGCUGGACGAGCUAAGCCGCGGGCUAGAGGCUGGGGCACUGCCUGACUACUUCCUGGAAGGGCGGGAGCUAGCGGCGGGGGAGGGGGCCACGGAGCUGGCCGGAGCUCUCGCCCGACUCCGGGGAGACCCUGUAGGGGCUCUCAGAACUGCGGUGGAGGAGGCCAAGACUGCGCGGAAGGGGGGCGGGGUGGUGGGCGGGGGUCAUUAA